GCCACUGUGAAUCAAAAAGCCUUGUUGUAUUGCAUGGUGUAAGAAGAUACCUUUAUUUAGGCAACUAAAUUCAGUAACAGAAGAACGCUACUCCUCUGUGAAUUUGUGCAAAUCAGGCAAAAAUGUCUGCAGCAUGCGACUUCGUUGCACUCCACACUGGGCAGAAGAUGCCUCUCAUAGGACUGGGAACUUGGAAAAGUGAACGUGGCCAAGUGAAAGAAGCAGUGAAAUAUGCGCUAAGUGUGGGUUAUCGCCACAUCGAUUGCGCAGCAGCUUACAGCAAUGAAGUGGAGAUCGGUGAGGCUUUCCAGGAAUGCCUGGGGCCCAACAAGGUUAUUAAAAGGGAGGACCUGUUUGUAACAUCAAAGCUCUGGAAUACCAAGCACCACCCAGAAGACGUAGAGCCAGCGCUAAGGAAAACACUUGGAGAUUUGAAACUGGAUUACCUGGACCUGUACCUCAUGCACUGGCCUCACGCCUUUGAACGAGGGGACAAUCUCUUCCCAAAGAAUCCUGAUAACACGAUGCGUUAUGAUUACACUGAUUAUAAGGAUACCUGGAAGGCUAUGGAGAAGCUGGUAGAAAAAGGUCUUGUGAAAGCCAUUGGGCUGUCAAACUUCAACAGUCGUCAGAUCGAUGAUGUACUAAGUGUGGCUACUGUCAAACCAGCUGUACUCCAGGUAGAGUGCCAUCCUUACCUAGCUCAGAAUGAGCUGAUAGCUCACUGCCAGAAACGAGGACUGGUUGUCACUGCCUACAGUCCCCUUGGUUCUCCAGAUCGCAUGUGGAAACACCCAGAUGAGCCUGUCCUUCUAGAAGAACCUGGGAUCAAAAAACUGGCAGAAAAAUACAGCAAGUCACCUGCACAGAUCAUCCUCAGAUGGCAAACGCAGCGUAAAGUGGUUGCCAUUCCCAAGAGUGUCACUCCUGCUCGCAUUCAGCAGAAUCUCCAGGUGUUUGAUUUCAGCCUCACAGAAGAGGAGAUGAGCCACAUUGGAAGCCUGAAUAAAAACUGGCGUUAUAUUGUGCCAAUGAUUACGGUAAAUUUCUCAUGUUUCCAAGUUUUCAUUAUGAUGGAAGAGGAAUUGGCAGCGCCUUCCACAUCCACAGACAAGACAGACAGUAUGGAUGUGGAUGGAGAAUCAAAGAAACUGUUGGGUUUAGGACAGAAACACUUGGUAAUGGGAAAUAUUCCGGCUGCUGUUAAUGCAUUCCAGGAAGCUGCAAGCUUACUGGGUAAAAAGUAUGGUGAGACAGCGGAUGAGUGUGCAGAAGCUUUUUUUUACUAUGGAAAAUCUCUCCUGGAGUUGGCAAGAAUGGAAAAUGGUGUGCUGGGAAAUGCCUUAGAAGGGGUGCAGGUUGAAGAGGAAGGAGAGAAAGCUGAAGAUGAUUCUGCGUUACCAACUGUUGAUGAAGAAGCAAGGGAGGAGUUGAGAGAACAGGUAUAUAACGCCAUGGGGGAAAAAGAAGAGGCCAAAAAGUCUGCAGAAGAGUCUCCAGUACUAUCUGAGAAGGAAAUCAAAGAGGAGGAUGUUGAAAUGAAAGAGAUCACAGAAGAAAAACCAACAGAAGAAGCAAUUGCUGACAAGGAUGUAAAGCUUGAAGAGGCUGAAGAGAAGACGGAGGCUUCUGUGGAAGAAGAAGUAACUUCAGAAGAGCAGAAGCAGCAAGUAGCUGUGGAAAAGGAGGGUACGAAAGAGGAGGCAGCUGUGGAAGAGAAGGUAGUGGAAAAAGAGCAGAAGAUGGUGCCUGAAGACAAGGUAGCAGAGGCAACUGAGGAGAAGGAGAGAACGACAGAAGUGUCGGACAAGGAGACAAAGGCAGCUGCGGAAGAGGCUGAAGCUGGAGAAAUGGCUGUGGAAGAGAAGGGAGAGGCGGGAGAGCAAACAGCAGAAGCAACAGAACAAGAGCCAGCUGUGGAGCAGGGAGAGGCUGUAGAAGGGCAGGCAGAGGCAGCGGUGGAAGAGAAGGCAGUAGCACAAGUGACAGCAGAACUGCAGGCAGCAGUCACUGUGGAGCAGAAGGAAGCUACAGAAGGGGAAGUAGAGGCAGCUGAAGAGAAGGCGGCGGAGGAGAAACAAGAACCAGUAGAGACAGCUACAGAGGAGAAACCAGAUGAAUCUAAAGAGACAGAGUCCUCAAAGGAACCUGUGCCCACAGAGGGCAAAGAACCAUCUAAUGACAUGGAAGAAAAGGCUGAAGUAGCUGCUAAGGUAGAGAAAGAGGAAAAGAAAGAUGGCCUGAUGGAAGAGGGAGAAGAAACAGAAGAAUCUGAAGAGGAAGAUAAAGAAAAUGAUAAAGCUGAAGAUGAUAAGGAGAAUGAAUUGACAGUGGAAGACAAGUCUUUACAGGAAAGUGAGGAGGAUGAAAUUGGAAAUCUUGAGCUAGCCUGGGACAUGCUGGAGUUAGCAAAAGUCAUCUACAAGAGACAAGAAACAAAAGAAGCUCAGCUCCAUGCAGCUCAAGCUCAUCUAAAGCUAGGAGAAGUUAGCAUUGAAUCUGAAAACUACACGCAGGCUAUAGAAGAGUUUCAGGCCUGCCUGGCCCUGCAGCAGAAGUACCUGGAGGCUCACGACCGCCUGCUAGCUGAGAGUCACUACCAGCUGGCGCUGGCGUACCACUACAACAGCCAGUUCGAUGAGGCGGUUUUGCAGUUUGGUAAAUCCGUAGAAGUCAUUGACAAGAGAAUGGCAAUGCUUACUGAGCGAAUAAAGAAGGCAGAAAGUGGGUCCCCUGAAGACGAGAAGGAGAUUGAAGAACUGAAGGGACUGCUUCCUGAAAUUAAAGAAAAGAUAGAAGAUUCAAAGGAGUCUCAAAAGAGUGCAAGAGUAGCUGAGCUGGCACUGAAAGCAACUCUGGUUGGAACUACAUCUGGCUUUGCACAAAGUGAAGACAGUGGUUCUGUUUCCACAAUUCCAGUAAGAAAAGCAGCUGAUGGUGCAUCUCAGUGUGUUACAGACAUCUCUCACCUAGUCAGGAAAAAGAGGAAACCAGAGGAGGAGACUCAACAGGGAGACAAUGAAGCUAAGAAAUCUAAACCAGAACCGGCUGUCAAUGGUGGUGGUGGUGAUCCUGCCCCCAGUGGAAAUGAGGUUGCAGAAAAAAUGGAAGAGGAGACAGAGAAAAGGCCACAAGCAGAAUCAGGGGCUGCAGUUGAAAGCACAGUAUGAUAAUUCUUUAACCUUGGACACUCCUCUCCUUACAAGGAAAAUGGUUUUGUAUAUAGUGUAUUUUUUCACUUUUUGGCAACUUUUGUAUGACUUCAAUAAAGAUUGUAAGCAAA